GCGUUCGGCAACACCGAAUAUCGACGCACAGCUCGGCCAGCCGGCUCUAAGAGACGUUUCGGCCGUUUAUCCGGAGCGAUUACCUUCACGCAGCCCGCACCAAUUCAAGCUGAUGUUCUCAAGGACAAGAGUCACGUGAUGUAUGAAGGCAAACACAUACACUUCUCGGAGGUGGACAAUAAGCCAUUGUGCUCAUACAGCCCAAAGCUCUGCAAACAGCGCAGACUAAAUGGCUAUGCUUUCUGUAUCCGGCACGUUCUGGAGGAUAAAACUGCCCCCUUCAAGCAAUGUGAAUAUGUGGCCAAGUACAACAGCCAACGGUGUACCAAUCCCAUCCCCAAGUCUGAGGACCGCAGAUACUGUAAUAGCCACUUGCAAGUUCUGGGCUUUAUCCCCAAGAAGGAAAGGAAAAAGAAGCACGAUGCCUUGGAGGAAAUGCGCUCUCGACCUCACCUGGAGUCUGUGGCUCUCAACAUAACCGUGCCCUCUCUGGCUCUGAAAGCACCCAAUGGUCUGGACGAGCUGCCGCCCUCUCCCCCCUGUUCGCGCCUGUUAUCCCUUCCAGAUGGGGAACUCCUGGACCCUUUUGCCUUUUAUGAGGAGGACACAGAUGGGGAGGAGGUGGGUACUCCUCGUAAAAGUGCCCCCAUGAAGAAGAAACCACAGAGUCGGCUGGUGUUCAACCAGAAACUCCACCUUGACACUGACCUCUUCCAGCCACCUCUAGAGCACUUUAGCCCCUCCCCUGUCUCUCGCAACCACCCCCCCUCACCCCUCAACACUCAUCUCCCCCGUCAGCAGUCAGGACUCCUCCAACCCCCGCAGCACUCCAGUGUGCCCCCCUUCGUCCUCCCAGGACAGCAGCAGGGAUUAUUAUGCAAUCCAGCACCACCUCAGAUGCCCAAUUUUCUGCCUCUAGGGCUGCCCCCAAACGCAGCACCCAGUCCGGCGCAACCCUCCGGACCAUCGGUCGGCAGAAAACCCCCAUUCACUGCCAUUCAGUUGCCUGCCAGUUGCAGCGACAGUGCUAGUAGUACUCCGCGGCAUGUGGUGGUCAUGCGCCCGGCUGCUUUUUCCCCACCUGCUGCCUGCCUGGCCAGGUUACAGCGCCUGGUGCAUCUCUGCGCCAAGAGACGUCAGGAUCAUGGAGACCUCUUCCCUCAUCUAGGACUGGACUGGUCAGAGGACAGCGCAGAUGAUGAGGAAGAGGAGGCAGACAGGGAACUACCCUUUCAGGGCUCCUGGAGAGGGCGGGCUGGGUUGGAUGAAGAAGAUGGUUCCUCGCGGAGAACACGGCUACUUAGGCUCUGCUCGUACCUCCGAGAGAAAUAUAAGCACAUGUGCAGGCAGGAGAGGGCAAGCAUGCGUCAGAAGAGGUACCGCUAUGCCUUUCGCAAGGCCCUGCUGCACGCCGCCAGUAAAGACCCAGACUGUGCCGGGCAGCUGAUCCAAGAGCUGCACAGUGUCUCUCAAACCUCCACAAGUGGAGUUCCAGAAGUGCAGCGGAACACAGAGCCAGGAAUCUGCACUGGCAGCACCAAGGGCCUGGCCUGCAACAACAGAGCUCUGCCCUUCACUCGACACUGCUUUCAGCACAUCCUGUUGAAUCGCUCCCAGCAGCUCUUCUCUAGCUGCACAGCCAAAUUUGCAGAUGGUCAGCAGUGCUCUAUCCCCGUGUUUGACAUCACGCACCAGACACCCCUCUGUGACGAGCAUGCCAAAAAGAUGGAUAACUUCUUGCGUGGGGAUGGUAACCGAAGAGUGCAACACCAGCAGCAGCAGCGCAAGCCACGGAAAAAGACUAAACCCCCAGCGCUCACCAAAAAACACAAGAAGAAGAGAAGGAGAGGGCCACGGAGGCCCCAGAAACAUCCUCCCGCGUUGCCCCAGGGGAACCUGGGAAUGCCUUCUACCAGCCUAACCAUGCCCUCACACCCCAGCAUCAGGAGCCCUUCAACCCCUGACCUGAGUGCAGAUGAACUCCCUGAUGAUAUCACCAAUGAAAUAGCAGACAUUCCAAAUGACCUGGAGCUAAACCAGGAAGAUUUGUCCGACGUGUUAUCCAGGCUCCCUGAUGACUUGCAGGACUUUGACUUGUUCGAAGGUAAGAACGGGGAACUUCUGCCUACUACAGAGGAGGCAGAGGAGCUGGUGCGUGCACUGCAGGCAAUGGGGUCCUACCCAGACUCUUUGGUGUGCCUGACUUCAAUGGGGGACUUGGCCCCAUCUGAGGGAGUGGACCACAGAGCCAUGGCCGUGUUCCCAGGGCCGGUUCAGCCCGGGGGCAUGGGUGACCUGCUGAACGGCCGCCUCCCUCCUGAGAACUUCACCAGCCUGGAGCUGGAGGACAACCUGUUACAGCCUGCUGGGAGUCACUUUCCUCCUUCACUGCCAUCUCAGCCCUCUACACAGCCCCCAACCUCUGUGUCUAACCUGACCUCAUCUUCCUCCACAGUAGCCGCCACCACCACCACCUUGCUCACACAGAGCCCCUUAACAGAGCGAACGUUUUCCCGGACACACACGUCCCACGUCCUGGCCAAGUCGGAUGUGCCCACAUCAUCUCCCCAAGGCAGCCACUACAGCAGUGAGCAUGUGCCAUCGCCAUACAGUGACCACAUAUCCUCGCCCAGCGCCACCAAUUUCCAGACAGACACACCCCUUCUGCUGGAAGCCCCUCUCAGUGGGGUGCCAGGGCCCCCACGCUCUUCAUGGAACAACCUCCCUCUGCCCCUCACUGACCCCGCACAAUUUGGUAACCUCAUAGGACCAGAGAGUCACCUCAUAUCCACCUCCCUGUCCACUCCCCCUGCCACCACCCACUCUGUGACCCUACAGCCCAUAGCUGCGCUCUCAGUGAUGCCCCAGAGUGGUCUGACAGGCUUAACGACUACCCCAGCCCCGUCACCCUCCCCCUCACCCUCCUCUUCCUCACCACAUGACCUUCUGAACGCCACACAGCCCAAGCAACAGCUCCCUCAGUUCAGCGCGGCCUUCGGCCACCAGUUGGCCUCCCACAGCGGCAUCCCUAAAGAUGUGCAACCCAGCCACAGCUCCACAGCUCCUCCCACUGGCUUCACCAUAGCGAGUGCCACUGCUGCAAGUGCCAACAGCGCCACACCCCCUUUCCCCCAGAGUAACUGAGAGCAGGCUGCAUCUGGAAGCUGUAGGACAGUCGGUGGGCUCACAGUCACUCAACAUCCAGUCAACUUGCAUCUCAUUUUAACACGUUUCUUCAUCUACUACAUGUGUGAAAUGUGGUAAUGGUGCACUAUUUGAUCUUUGAUUUUGCACAACCUCAAUUUUUCUUUAGUAUUUAAUUUAAUUCUUUUUUUAAUUAAUCAAUGGCCCGCUGGUCUACUUUUAAGGGUGUAAGUGUGUAGUGUGAGUCCACUGGUUUAAUCUGUGCUGCCUUGUGGUUUCACCAGCAGGGGGUGACUGUUAGGUAGACUUGUGGUGAUGGUGGCACCAUGGUUGAAUGAACUGGUGAACGUUGGUGUGAAGGACCUUAGUAGAGAUUAUUCCUAUCAUAGUGACAAAAACAGUGCUCCAGAAUUCAUUGACUCAGAAGCCUCAAUCAGUGGUAAGUUAAGUUUGCUUUGCCAGUCAAGUCCUGUCUCAUAACGAUCAAAAUUAUCCUGCCUUGCUCAUAUAAUCAUUGCAUUUUGUUUCACACAUAGCUUCAGUCACCCAGUGGAAGCCCAUGAGUAUAGGUUGAUAUAUUUGUGAUCCAUUAUAAUGUUUGAAGCAACGUUUUAACUGUUAAUCAUGAAAUAGAGUUUUAUCCAGUCAGAUCUCACAGAAACAGAAUUUACCAAACUGCUUUUAAAACGGCUGUUUUUAUAUUGUGUGUGUGUGUGUGUGUGUGUGUGUGCGUGCGCGUGUGUGUGUAUAUAUAAUAUAUAUAUAUAUACAUAUAUAUAUAUAUUAUAUAUAUAUGCUCUUUUAUUGGUUUGCUCAGACGUCAAGAACUCUCUGACCUCACCCUAGGUUGUGGGGCUCUAUAAGGUUGGCCUGGUAAACACUUGAAGGUGAAUCUUUUUUAAAGCAAUAAACACAUGGACAUUCUCUCGUAGUAUUAGAUAUCGUGCUGUUCUCCACUUAAUAAAUGUAGCUUCACCGUGUAACCCAGGCUGAUGCGGACCAGGAAUACUUUCGGGCCUUGGUAACGGUGUCAUAAACCCGUUUUGAAUGGAGGAAUGGGGAAACUUGUUUUCUCCAAACAGACCACCAAUCGGGUUGGACCUCCUUCACAUGGCUCACGCGUCCAAGGCUAGAUCAAUAAGCCUCGGUACGACAGCAAGGGGUCAUGACGACCACAGCCAGGCGCUUCGACUCUCUGUUUUGAAAGGUGCUCUCUGGUCUCGGCGUACAGUGGUCUUUUUAGGGACAAGCUCGUGAUCCUUCAGGGGAAGCGCCUCUCGCUUUCAACUACUCAGCUGUGGAGGAAACUCGUUCCUAGACGUGGCGGCCAGCCUACCCAGUUAAGACUAAGCGGAAGCUUCCUUAAUGAUGUUUAAUGGAUAAAGUGACUUGGUAUGUGGACGUGUGUAUUUUGUCCCCUGUCAGCCGUCUGUGUGGUAGUGUGUCGCCACGGUGUGGACCGGUGAAGCGAGCGUGUCUGAGGUACAGAGACGUUUGCUCUUCUCUUAAAGCUCAACUAUCAGGUGGCUUGUAAGGCCAGUAACGCGUGGUCAUCUGGAGCCCGUGCUUCCAUGUACGUGUAGGACACGAGGAUGGUUUUUACGCUGCCGGGCGCGUCGUUUAUGUCUAGUAGCUUCUCUUACAGCAGCACGGCCUUGGGUUUGGACUGAAAUCUUAAUGUACACGAUCGGACUCGGACGCUGUUGGGUUUUAGGUGUGUAGAGUAACAACUGCAUUUUACAUUGGGUUUUAUUGGUUAAUUGUUGAAUAACAUUGGAUUGAAAUUAUUUGCAACACAGUCAAUUUUAUUUGUAUAGCCCAAUAUGAAAAUUACAGAUUUGCCUGAAGGGGCAAAUACUCAGUGGAGCCUGUGUAUUGUGGAAUGCCUCUUCAUUUUAAUGGCUGUCAAAAUGCUCGCAGGUUUCUCUCAAAAGUAGGAAGGUUCAUGUUGUAGUGUUCGCCGUCUCUUUGUCUUCAUAUUCUGACGGACAUCUUUUGACAGUUGUUAAGCUGCAGCAAGCGGCUGCCGCUGAGUGCUGGCGGUCUUGGAUCGCACGGGGGCAGCGACCUUUCAUUGAGCAUCAUAUCAGCGUUUCCCUUCGAUCACGACCUCCGACUUCAUUCUCAGUGGAAAUUCCAAAUAUGCAUCGCUCGCUUUUUGUUAAUGUAAAUGUUGUGGCGUUAAAACACAUCCGGAUUGUUAUGUUUCAACAUAGGACUAAAAAUCAUGCCGGUUGCGUUUCACGUCCCCCCCCCCCCCACCCCCUCUUUUUGCCUUUUUAUUUGGACCCUUGUUAGAAGGCAUGGCUGCGGUUAUUACGGACACCGGGCUUGCAGCAGAUCCCAGCUUCCAGCUGUGAGGAGGCGCCGUUAUUUCUCUCGGUUCCAAAGAGGGAAGACCUUACCGAGCGUGACACGCACGCGGCUCCAGAAAAGGACAGUCGUCCAUCGCCGGAAAGACGACGCCCCUUACAGUUCGGGUGGGAUGUCUCUUGAGUUCGGGUGAGCAAGGCAAUACUGUUGUUUUUCACAUAGCAUGAGAUUAGUGGCCGCAGCAGAGGGUUACUCUCCCGACAAACCACACGGAGCAAAACUAACAGGGCUUGCAGGCACGUGCAACUGCUUGAGUUCAGAGAUGGCUGACAGAUUCCUAUACUCAUUGAAUGUACUGUAUUACUGUUUUUAAAGAUGAUAGGAUGAGCUAAUAUUCUAGUCACCUUUUGUUAAUGGUCCUUGUUUAAUUUGUCUAAGGUAUUUUUUUGUAUACAAAGGUUUACAUUUUUAUGUAUAUUUUUCUUGUGUACAAAUUAUGUAAUAUGUGUAUAAACACUGUAUGUAAUAUCUGUAUAUAGUGUGACAAAUUUGAUCUUUUGUUUUUGGAUGUAUAAAUAAAACUUGCUGUGAGGUAUUCGCCGAGGGCUA